AUGGAAAAUAGUGGAAGUACAUCUCUUCAUAAAACAGAUAAAUUGUCAUUUGCAUCGCAGAUUCUGUUGAGAGUUUUGGCCACUGGGGGUACUUUGGCUGCUGCAUGGCUUGUCCUCACUAGCAAGCAAACUGUUGAGGUUUUCGGAAUCGUCGUCGAUGCGCGCUAUAGCUAUUCAUCGGCUUUCAAGUUCUUUGCAUUUGCAAAUAUUAUUGCUUGUGCAUUCUCUCUUCUCUCUUUGUUUAUUGUUUUCAUCCUUGGUUACAAGGCACUGAAUCCAAGAAAUUACUUCUUCAUAUUUCUGCAUGACUUGGUAGAUCUUGACAACGUUGUUGAUGGCAGGAUGUGCAGCAGCGACAGCGAUAGGGUACGUGGGGAAAUAUGGCAACAGCCACACUGGUUGGAUAGCAAUUUGUGA